AUGGUUGUCAAGUUGGCGUUUCUCCUUUCGUCUCUUUUAUCUGUGCCUAGCUGGGCUCAACAGACCCCAACCUGUCUGUCCCCGGCCAACAAUGGGGGCCUGAGCAAUCAGGCCGUGUGCUGCUCUGGAGCUGGCCGUGACGAAGAAAUGGUCGAUGGCACGAUCUAUAGAUAUGCCUGUAGCCACUAUGCUUCCAGCGUCUACAGCCAGCCCUACGCCGUUGCCAACUUAUAUGAAUGUGCCAAGAGAUGCUCGGAGCAGGCCGCCUGCUAUGCAGCAUCAUGGAAACCGCACUCUGAUCAUCCAACCGGUGGAAUCUGUUACCUAUCGCGAGCCGGAUUUUCGGAAAACUUCGACACAAGCGGGAGCUGGCUGCUGCUUGCUCGAACCGACCCGACGGGUCCUGUCGUGGGUCCGGAUUGUACAACGGAGGUGGAGAAAGCCCAAGAAGAGUGCAAGAAGGAAUCUGAAGCCAGCUGCACUCUUGCAAAGCAGGCUCUGCAAAUCCAGAGUCAGCAGAACCUGGCCGAACAAGUGGAAAAAACCGAGCAAUGUGAGCAAAGGCUUCACCAGUGUCUCCACCCUCCGGUCGAGCCUUGGAGGCAACAGGCGGCGGCGUUGCAGUGUAAACAGGACGAUCAUACUGUGGUCAGCACGGGAACGAAACGCUUUAAACUUCGGUGCUAUGCGUUUAAACCUGCUAAUACCGCAAGGGAUAUCGGGAAGAAGCUCACAUAUGCCGAUUGCAUGGUCUCUUGUCAAGAUGACAACUCCUGUCGUGGAUUUCAGUGGUCCCCUACUACUCAAGGAUGUAAACUUUUCUCUUUUAUCAGAGACAAUGAGCUCAUCUUCAAUGGCAAUGCAUCACCUUAUUGGUGGGCUGGAGUUACUGCCUAG